AUCACCCAAAAGAGGAUGGAGCUCGGCGAGAUCGUUGUGACUGAACAUCCCAAUGAGAGGGAGCUGUACAAGAAGGAGAUGCCAAGAGCCCACGACCUGCUGUGGAGAAGUGGAAACUGGAUCCACCAUAGUUUUGGGUAUCUCACAGGAGAAAUGAACGAAUAUGGAGAGUGGAUGAAAAACAAGCCCUUAAUGGUUCAGCUGGUGGACUGGAUCUUGCGAGGGACCUCUCAGGUGAUGUUUGUCAACAACCCUCUCAGCGGGCUGAUCAUUUUAGUGGGGCUUUUCAUCCAGAGCCCCUGGUGGAUGCUCACAGGCUUCACUGGAACCACUGUGUCCACACUAACUGCACUGGCCCUCAGUCAGGACAGGCCAUCCAUCGCGGCUGGCCUGCACGGCUACAACGGGAUCCUGGUGGGCCUGCUCAUGGCCGUCUACUCUGACAAAGGGGACUACUACUGGUGGCUCCUGCCCCCUGUGGCAGUGAUUUCCAUGGCCUGCCCUGUACUGUCCAGUGCUUUGGGAUCCAUCUUCAGCAAAUGGGACCUUCCUGUUUUCACUCUGCCCUUCAACAUUGUGGUGACCCUAUACCUGGCAGCCACAGGACACUACAACCCCUUCUUCCCCACAACCCUCAUCAAACCUGUAGCUGCAGUGCCCAAUAUCACCUGGUCUGACAUCAAUGUGCCACUGCUCUUACAAUCCAUUCCAGUUGGGAUUGGUCAAGUGUAUGGUUGUGGAAACCCCUGGACUGGAGGCAUUUUCCUUGUGGCUCUGCUCAUCUCCUCCCCACUGAUUUGUUUGCAUGCUGCAAUUGGAUCAGCUGUGGGGAUGUUUGCAGCUCUGAGCAUUGCAUCCCCGUUUGACAGCAUCUACCUUGGCUUACACAACUACAACUGUGCCCUGGCCUGCAUUGCCAUUGGGGGCAUGUUCUACGCCCUGACCUGGCAGACACAUUUGCUCUCACUUGCCUGUGCAUUAUUUUGUGCCUACUCUGGAGCAGCUCUUGCUAACGCACUCGCUGUGCUCGGGCUGCCAGUGUGCACCUGGCCCUUCUGCCUCUCGGCGCUCCUCUUCCUGCUGAUCACCUCUGAAAACCCGGCCAUCUACAAAAUGCCCCUCUGCAAAGUCACCCACCCAGAAGCCAACCGGAUCUACUACCUGAGAAUGAGGAGAAGGGCCUCGGAGAGCAGGAGGGAAGAGCAGAAGCGAAAGGAGCAGAAACCCUCUGAGGGCUCAAAAAUUAUCAGUGGGGGCACCCCACUGUGCACCCCCAAGAGCCGCCACGCUCACUGAUCGCAGGCACACACAACCCUGCAGCCUGGGGGCAGCUUGGGGGCAGCUUUUCGGACACCACCCAGGCACAGCACAGCCACAAACACCACUUUUGCCAGCAGUCUGCAGGCUGGGGAUUCAGCAUUCCGCACUGGAGAAAUCGCAGUUUGCCCUUGAGCUAAGCUUUCCAAAAAGCACUCAGGUAACAUAAUAACAGCUGCCUUAUCAAUCCACUGGCUGUUAACUUGAAAGUCACCUCUUAUCAAUAAUAAUUAUAAGAAUAGGCAGAAGAACAUUAAAGCUGACAAGAGGCUGCAUUUAAUUUCAGAGGUGUAAUUUAACAAAAUAAAUAUGCUGAGAAGGCAUUGGUGUCUAAUAAUAAUAAAUAAUGUAAGAACUAAGUCAAGAGCUGCACUUCAAAUUAAGAGCAUGUAUAUUUGAAAGUGAAAUAAACAGACUGUUCUCUUCCUUU